AUGUCUGCAGCCGUGUUUGCCUGGAACGAACGUAGAGGGCACGAUAGCAGCCGCGUCCCACGUGGGCACAUUGUCUCCUACGGGGAGAUAAAAUUCUCCUACGCGGAGGAUGGCAGCCCUGUCCUAUGUGGACGGAAGGAUACCUACGUGGUGACGAAUUCCUCCUACGUGGAGGAUUGCAGCCGCGUCCCACGUGGACAUAACGUCUCCUACGUGGAGACGAAGUCCUCCCACGCGGAGGAUACCAGCCGCGUCCUACGUGGACACACUGUCUCCUACGUGGAGAUAAACGCCUCCUACGCGGAGGAUUACAAUCUCGUCCCACGUGGACGCAAGGUUUCCUACGUGGAGACAAGCUCCUCCCACGCGGAAGAUAGCAGCCGCGUCCCACGUGGACGCAAGGUUUCCUACGUGGAGACAAGCUCCUCCCACGCGGAGGAUAGCAGCCGCGUCCCACGUGGACGCAAGGUUUCCUACGUGGAGACAAACUCCUCCCACGCGGAGGAUAGCAGCCGCGUCCCACGUGGACGCAAGGUUUCCUACGUGGAGACAAACUCCUCCCACGCGGAGGAUACUAGCCGCGUCCUACGUGGACACACGGUCACCAUGGCGGGCGGCGGCAAGAGUGUCAGGUCGCCCUUCUCCGUGGCGCGCAAGGAGCCAAGUGCGUCCAGAGAGGAUUCUUCCUCCGAGGAAGCCGUUCACUCUGAACCCGCAGAGGCGCCAAGGGAGGGCUCGAAAGCAAGGGGUCGCAAGCGUUCCCACGCGGAACAUGGCCGAAGUGCCAGAGCCAGGAGACACAACCGAGACCCAAGCCAUUCGCAUAAUGUGCAAAGAAACCUGAGGAGGAAGCAGCGAAGGGAAGGCGACCGAAAGCAUAGACGGCAUAGGCGAACUCAUCGCAGCAGGCGGGCGAGAAGCGCGACACCUGACAAGCGCCGACGCAGUGCAAGUUCUGGACGGGGUGCAAACGCGGCCAGGCCGCCAGAACCUUCGAGUGGACCAUCGAAGACUGGAACCAAAAAAUGUUCACAUUGUUGGGCCGAGGUGACAGUGCAGCCAAGUGGGCGCGCUCAGCACCAGUGGAGCAAUCGAACGUGUUUGCAAUGGCAAUUUUACAACGAAAUGGACGCCGAGGCCAAGAAAAAGCACGACACCGAGGCGUGGAACAAGGCCAAGGAAGCAGCGGCCGUUCUCUACGAGAGGAGGCGAUGGGUUGCGGCCCCGCAUGCAAUCGAAGAUGAGAUGCCGCGCGCGCCGUUGCCGCCGGUCAUGCUGCGCAGCCGCUCUUCCAUUCGCGCCGCGGCGCCUGCUGAGAUGGAAGAGGUCGCCGUGGAAGAAGAAGCAGAAGGACCGCAGCGACCUUCGAGGUCAUGCCCCGGCGGUCAGGCUAUGGGUGCGUCUGGAUCUACGGGAUCCAAAGGACAGGGGCACGGCCCACCCCCUGCAGAGCCGCCUGCCGUGAAGACAGAGACACCUGGCUCCAGCCAGAAGCAGCAAAUCGUGAUCAAUAUCACGAGUUCUUGA